CGUCAGAUGGGUUGCGUAGUUCUGCGGCUACGCAGCUACACCAGAUAUAUGAUGCAGCCCGAGACAAACACAAUAGCCGCGCAUCUGCAUUCGGUGAUGUGACUUCCAUGGGUUGGACCAAUAAGGGACACACACGUCACGUGCACCGGAGCCGCCAAUCCGCGGGUAAUACUUUCUACUUCUCUCGGGUCAGACGGGUCGGAGGAGUCCGGGAGCCAUGGCGGCGCCGUAUGGAUUGUUUUGAGCAGAGUUGUACGGGGCUUUUUGGAUCUUCCACUGGAUCCUGAAACAUAUGGAGCGUAAAGAUGAUCUCGGAUCGAAAAAGAUACAUUCAGACCGAAAGUGUUUUGGAAAAAUUCUAGUUAAGAGAUUUAUCGGAACCUUGUGCCACAAGUGUGGAAGUGUCAGUGUGCAUGCAGUGGAAACGGAGGGGGUGAGGGUUUAGAAAUCGUUAAAAGUGUGUAAAUGAGUGGCAAGUGUUUUUUUAAACAAAUAAAUAUAUACAUUCGGAAGAGUGGAGUCGGGGAUAUAGUGCAUUCCACUACUUACAGGGUGUUUGAGUAGUUUCUUUUUUCAUUUUGGGUGUACGUAACCUAGUCGUAAUUUUCAGGUGUCUAGUUACACUUUUAUCAGCAACUGUAUAGCUCAUUCAGUGGCUCACACUGUGCUCGAAGAUAUGUUCACGUUAUUUGGAUAUUUUAUUAGUUCCGAGACGUGAGAGGCGUUGUGCAAGGAUUACAUUUAUGAUGUUACUUCGUUUCACGUUGAUUUACGUUUUAAAAAGUUACUUUUAAACUUGGUGGCAGAAAUUAGGAAUCGCGAAGAAACGCUGCCUAACCCCAAACUGGCUACGUGGUUAGAAAGUAACGCGUAGCCGCGAGAACAGGACUUUGGAAUGCUUCGAAAUUUAAUCAGAGCAGCGACCUGUUGCCAAAUCGGAGCUGCGUUGAAGAUAUAGUCUCUCAGAACGGUUCGUACAGAUCAUCCUGGAAUAGGUUGAUAGCUGCCUAACCUUUUUAUAUCCUGUGAUCGUAUACUUGCAAGCGUGAUCACAACUUUUUUGGACAUUUUCACGCCAGUUUUUGCACCCACUACUCAGCACCUUAUGGUGCGGCUGCAGGGACCGAGACAUGGAUAUUUCACAGGCCGGUUUCCCAAACGGUGAAGGGCAGCCGAGCAGUAGCGGUGACCAUGCCUGGACAGAGUCCCCCACCGCCCGGGCCUGGGCUCACUCCGCUCCCUUGUGCUCCCGUGCGUUAUGGACCGCAGUCUAUGACUAUGAAGCGAGCGGGGAAGACGAGCUUAGCCUGCGGCGUGGGGACGUGGUGGAAGUGUUGUCUAAAGAUGCUGCCAUCUCGGGGGACGAAGGAUGGUGGACGGGGAAAAUUAACCACCGCGUUGGCAUUUUCCCUUCCAAUUACGUUACCUACCAGCCAGCCAUUUACCAUAGACUUCCCGCCGGCGGCGCGGCAGGGGUGCAAGAGAGUGGACCAAGUUCUCCCGUUCAAAUAAUCUUCAACGAACUGGUGUUGGAGGAGAUUAUCGGUGUAGGUGGUUUUGGAAAAGUUUACAGAGGGACUUGGAAGGACCAAGAAGUAGCAGUGAAGGCAGCUCGGCAGGAUCCGGACGAAGAUAUCACGGCCACCGCAAACAGCGUUAAACAAGAGGCUAAACUUUUCUCCAUGCUACAACACCCAAAUAUAAUAAAACUUGAAGGGGUCUGCCUAGAGGAGCCUAACCUGUGCUUGGUUAUGGAAUAUGCCAGAGGAGGGACGUUGAAUCGGGCUUUGACGGGUAGGAGGAUACCUCCACACAUUCUUGUGAACUGGGCUGUCCAGAUCGCGAAGGGUAUGCAUUACCUCCACGAAGAAGCGGUUGUUCCAAUUAUUCAUCGAGACUUGAAAUCCAGCAACAUAUUAUUACUUGAAAAAAUCGAGAACGAUGACAUAGGUAAGAAGACGCUGAAAAUCACGGACUUCGGGCUGGCCAGAGAGUGGCACAAGACCACUAAAAUGAGCGCAGCGGGCACCUACUCUUGGAUGGCUCCUGAGGUCAUCAAGUCCUCUCUAUUCUCCAAAGGCAGCGAUGUAUGGAGCUACGGGGUGCUGCUCUGGGAGCUGCUGACGGGGGAGGUUCCAUACAGAGGGAUUGACGGCCUGGCGGUGGCGUACGGCGUGGCAGUCAACAAGUUAACCCUUCCCAUCCCUUCUACCUGCCCUGAACCCUUCGCCAAGCUUAUGGAAGAAUGUUGGGAACAGGACCCCCACAUCCGGCCCCCCUUCGCUGCCAUCCUGGAGCAGCUGACAGCCAUUGAGGAGGCGGUGAUGGCCACCAUGCCCCGGGAGUCCUUCCACUCCAUGCAGGAGGACUGGAGAGUGGAGAUACAGGAGAUGUUUGAUGAGCUGCGGACCAAGGAGAAGGAGCUGCGCUCUCGGGAGGAGGAGCUGACGCGGGCGGCGCUGCAGCAGAAAUCGCAGGAGGAGCUGCUGAAGAGGAGGGAGCAGCAGCUGGCCGAGCGGGAGAUCAACGUCCUGGAACGCGAGCUCAACAUCCUCAUCUUCCAGCUCAACAAGGACAAGCCCAACGUCAAGAAGAGGAAGGGCAAGUUCAAGCGCAGCCGGCUCAAGCUGAAAGACGGAAACCGCAUCAGUCUGCCUUCAGAUUUCCAGCACAAGAUCACGGUUCAGGCCUCCCCCACCAUGGACAAGAGGAGGAGCUUCAACAGCAGCAGCUCCAGCCCCCCUAGUAGUCCCACACUCAUCCCCCGCCUCAGAGCUAUACAGCUGAGCUCCUUCAGCGGCAGAAAGGGCAGUUUGUUUGUGUACCACCAGGAUGUGGAUAUCACCAGCGAGUGCGUGCCUCCCACUGGCUUUAAGAAGAAAGUGACCCUGGACGAGAGCAACAGAACCUGGGGACGGAGCACCAUUUACAAGCCGGAGGAGUUUGAAGACGUCAGGAAAGGGUUUAAGAAGAAGGGGCGCACGUGGGGACCCAGCUCAGUUCAGACGAAGGACCGGCCUACCGGUGCUGAAAGAGUGCGGCCUCUGUCUGAUGGCAGCAACCCCUGGUCCACCAGCCUGAUGAAGACGCAGAAGUCUGUGCCACUGGCAGCCUUAUUCGUGGAGCAGGGGGUGAAUCCAGAUGAACUGUCUGCUGCUGAAGGCCUGGACAGUGGCAAACCAAAGCAGCUCAAGUUCCCCAGUCAGGUGUACAUCGAUCUACCUCUGUGGAAGGACGAGUCGGGUGACGGCGGGCCAGCCGCGGAGAGCCAGGAGGACCCCGCCACGUCCGCCAGCUCCACCAGCACCACGCCGCAGCUCACCCCCACCAACAGCCUGAAGAGGGCGCCGCGGCGGCGCACGGACUCGGCCCUGUACGGCUGUGCCGCCCUCCUGGCCUCCGUGGGGCUGGGGGCGGACCUGCGGGACGUCCUGAGGACAGCGGCGGCCGCGGCGGUGGUGGCGGAGGACGCAGAGCCCCGCGAGGAGAGGAAGAAGCGGGAGGGCCUGUUCCAGCGCGCCACCCGCUUCCGCCGGAGCUCCAGCCCCCCCGGGAGCCGCGCCCGGAAAGAAGAGGCCCAGCCCGGCCCAGCCCCCGGACACGCCCUGUUGUCCGGGACCUCCAUCUCCACACGCUGCCUCCUGCUGCCCGACCCCGAGGGCCCAGAGUGCAGCCCCGUGAAGGAGGGGCCCCCUGCCACCGCACCCCCCGACAGCAGGCCGCACGCGGGCUGGCAGGCCCCCAAAGCCCCCGUCAAGCCUGAGCCCCUCCCCCCGCCCCCCGCCUCCGACCACAGCAGCAGCACCUGGCUCAGACGCAGGAAGCCCGCACCCCCCGCCGCACACAUCACUAAUGGCACCAAACCCCACGGAGCCCCCUCAGCGUACCCCUCUGCCCCGGGCUCCGAGGCCACUGUCCCAGAGAGGAAGAGGUCCGAGGGAGACAGCGCCCCCGACAGGCCGCGCUCCGGGGACGGCACGUCCAGGCCACGGCCCCUGUCCCUCAGGGGGAAGCCCCACUCCUGGGGCCUCCUGAAGGGCCGAAACAAGAGCUACUCCCUGGGCCACUACUCCGGAGAGAAGAGCGCCAGGAGCCUGAGCAUCCUCCUGUCGGCCGAGGCCAAAGAUGGCUGCUCCCUGCUGGACGUGGACACUGAGGGGCAGAAGCGGGACUGCACCGUGCCCCUCUGCCGGAUCCAGAGCUCCCCGGCCCGGCCCUCGCUCUACGAGCUGGAGAAAGAGUUCCUGUCCUAAAACAUGGCCCUACGGGUGUGCCCUGGGACAGGGGCGGGGCAGGGGUGUGAGAACUUAUACUGUGCUGGAUACACGGCCCCGGGUUUGUUCAUACCAACCAGGUACCCCCCCCCCCCCUUUUUUUAUUUAUGUACAUCUCUGCUAGUUUAUUUAAUGUGAGAGGACUUGUGAACACUGCCAAUAGCUCGGAAAUCAACACAUCCUGAGUUAGUUUAGAUUAUUAUACAGAUAUGCCCUGGUUUUGUUUUCUUUCAAAUUCACGGUGGAUUUUGGUUCCAAGUUAUGCAAUCACACACACUUCUCUGAAGGGCACUGAAUGGAAAUAUUGAUGUCCUGCAUUUUUGUCUUUUUUUUUUCCUACAUUGAAAUUGUGAAAGUGCUUAGGUACUAUUGUGACCGUAUCAGACGGCAUUUGUGCAGUGUUAGCAGAUACCACAGUGUUUGAUAAAUGCCAGGACAAGCUACAGCCGAGACGAUAUCGGAUUUCUCAGACUGACUUCCUCCAGGAAGCUUCUCUGGAGCUCAAGUGACAGAUUAAUGUAGGGUAAUUCACCGGGGACUGUAGAACUGGAACGGCCCUACCAGCUGCUAUUUAUGGUAGAGUGAGUUUGAAUGUGUACGUUAUGCUUAAAAACAGGUUGACCUGUAAAUCCUACUGAACACACUGUACAUUCUUCUGAAAUAGAACUGACGGAAAGUUUAUAAAAGGUUUAGGAUUGUAGAACGCCCCCUGGGGGGCAUCUGAGGAGUAACAGAGGCAGACAACUCGGAACAUCACUUGUCUGUAAACGCUUAGAGGGUAAGUUUACCCAAAAGUCACAUUUGCAUGUUUUUCUUUAACCCAUGAUGUCUAUCUGUGAACAUAUUUUUUCUGGAUACUAUAUGAGAGACUUCCUGGUUUAGAGAACAGACACCAUGACUGCAGGCCAGCAAAGAUACAAGGAUUUGUUUUGCGUUUACCUUCUCCUCACGUUCAGAGUCCGAGCACGUUGCUGGGACUCUUGGCAUUGGCUUGCAGGUAUCCUGCACGUAUUAAGCUAUUUUUCUACAAUUUUACACAGGACAGUGAUCCCUUUUUCGUUUCCCCACUGCCUCAAUUUCCCAGACUGCAAUUAUUGUACCUUGAAUAAUUCCUUUGUCUUCAACAAAUUUUUGCUAUGGCAUUCGUACUAUAAGGAUGAAGGACAAAACCAUUCAUAUGGGUAAUAUUCUCCUUUAAUGGUUCUUAUUGUGAGACCCACAGUACCCACUUUCAGUCUUAAUGUAAAAUACAACACUCCAGGACAAGUGUCCUCUAGCACCGAGUGCCUUGUUCACUUGUCAUUUUAAUCUUAAAUGAUAUGCUGCAGCAUCUCUGCUGAGAUACACAAAGCUUUGUAAAGAAUGUCUGUUUAGUGUUGGGUGGUGCUGAAAAAUGUUGUUUGGUCGGUAACUGGGUAAUUCUACAAACUGUGAUGGCCAAACUUCAAGUGCGGGUGAAACCACUGUGUUCUGUCACUGAAUCGAUGGGAGCAUUUGAGCGCAACCAGCAAUAAUAAAAUAAAUGAAGACUCAACAGAGUCACUGCAGCCUGUACACCUCCCCCCCCCCCACACCCACCCACCUCCACUCGUCUAAUUUACACUUUAAAUGACAAUGAAAUUGCAUUGACUUGCCACAUUUAAUGACAAUGAAACCCAUAUCCUUAUGGAUUCCUUCAUACUCGAGGUGUUUUUUUAGCAAUCCCAUUUCUCAAAUUUGUACUUCAACCAAAUGUUUAGCACAUGCUAAAGCAUUCCAAACAAAUGGAGUAAAGCAUGAUAUAUUAGUGAAAGCGUCAGGGAAUCUCCUCCCUACGCAGACAAUAUAAAGACUAUGCAAAAUGCUGUUUCUUGUCCUUAACCAUCACUAGACUGUUUGGGUUUUGCACCAGUUUUGCUGCUGAAUUACUAAAAUUACACAACAAUUCAGUUGAAUUGGUCUGAAAUAUUCCCAAAUAGGUAUCUUGACAAAAAAAAGUCCAUGCAUAUCCGACCGAUUUUAAUCCUACCAUUUUUACCUUCUUUCCAACAAAUAUAAACUUGCAUUGUGGCCAGUUCUGAAGGUAUUUGUUUAUGAUUAUCACUGAAGAGCUUUUAUUAAAAUACAAUCUCAGGUAGAUAUCUUGGCGCGGAGCCCGUUUCUUGCUGAAUAGUGAGACAGGUCAUUCGCCAGAACAUAUCAAUAUGAGUAAUGUACCUGUCCUUAUUCUGUAUUUGUUUGUCUUUUGUACAAAGCUUUCUCCAGCCUGAAUGACCACUGUUCAAAUCGUUAGAAGUACUGUAAAUUUUUAUGAGCACUUUCUGUAAAAAAAAAAAAAAAAAAAAAAAAA